AUGUCUGCGACCAACGUUCCCGAGGAAAAGAUACAGAGUGCGGGGCUAGUGGCGGCGGUGACAGGGGCUAACAGCGGAGUUGGCUAUGAGAUAACCAAAGGACUGAACUUAGAGAAGGUUAAGAAAGGAUGCGACCCAAAUCUGCUUAUCAUUAUGAAAUGUGAUCUCUCAGAUUUCAACAGCGUCCGUACAUGCGCCAAGGAACUGUUAAUGAAAGAGGACAAGAUCGACAUUCUCAUCAACAACGCUUCUGUGAUGUUCCUCCCUAACUACGAAAAGACUGUUGAUGGACAUGAAAUGACUUGGCAGUGCAAUUACCUUGGUAUGAAACAAGCUACUUUUCUCAGGCAAGGGCCUUUUCUCCUCACCCAGUUACUUCUGCCAGCUCUGGCAAAAGCUCAUUCAUCAAGGAUCAUAUUCGUUGCCUCUAUCAUGCACAUGCUGAGCGAUCCUCUCAAUCUUGCAACUAUCGAUGACGAACAGAGUUUCGGACGCAUCGAACCAUACAAUCGGAGCAAAUUGGCUAUUGUAAUGUGCGUACGUGAGUUGAGCAGACGACUACAGCAGAAAGGGCUGGGUCACAUCACUGUGAACUCUCUUCAUCCCGGAGUAGUGAACAGCAAUGCAUAUCGCAAUACAAUCCUAUUUUCUCCACUCAUAAAACAUAUCCUAUCCAUUCAGGUGGUUUUUCUUCAAAACUCCUUGGAGUGGUGCACGAACACCACUGUAUCUGGCUUUGAGCAAGGAAGUAGAAGGAAUGAGCGGAAAUUACUAUUCGGAUUGCCAGGUGGCCAGGGAAAACAGAUAUGCGCUGGAUGA